AAAACAAUAAUUAAAUAAAUGCUUAUAACAAUAACAACAGCGAAUUAGCAUCCACAACAAUUGAUUGAUUUUUGUGUAAAAUUUUGUGUAAUUAAACAACAAAUAAAGUGCUUAAAGAAAAGUGACCAAUUUCAACGAAAGCUGAGUGAAAAAAACUACUAAAAUUCAUAUAAUCGUCAGUGUUGUCAUGGCGCUGCUAUAAAAUUUAGUAGCCACUCUUCAUAUGCCGCUACCAUAAUGGGCAACUCACUGACGCAUGCCGUUCAUCGCGGCUCAACUGCUUUCAGUAACAACAGCAACAACCAUACUGGCAAAUCACGCGCUUCCACUACACCACGAAAUCAAAAGUCACGCUAUCACGCCACACUCUGCGACGAUGGUGACGUCGGCGCGCCACAACGCAAAGCCAAGACAUUACCGGCACGUCACAGCCGUCGGCGUAGUGAGCACACGACCGAUGACAUUCACGGUCAUGGACGUUGUAAAACGCCGCCAGCUUCGGCGCCGCCGAAUGGUGAGACAUCGCGCAUGCUCUUUCUACUCUAUCUGAUACAUCGCACCUGGAACGUGGUGGUGGAGACGGUGGAUACGCGCAGUAAAAGAUCGCGACGCAGCGCACCUGCUUCGGAAGGUCAUACGCUCACGCGACCGCGUUCCUCGCAUGUGUACACGGAACGCGAGCUCAGCUGUUCGAAUAGUGAUGGUGACUGUUCUAUACACAUCACAGAUUUGGAUGAAGCUGAGGUGGCUUCAUCUUUUUGCUGCUCGCAAUAUUCAUAUUGUAGUUGUAGCUACUGUUUUGAUACGAAUCAGAAUGUUUACAAUUCUAUUGGUGGUGGGGAGGACGAGUGUUCGCUGGAUUCGAUUUGUGAGCGUACUGUAUCCAAGUGUGGCAGUGACAUCUCCGCCUAUUAUCAGCAACGCUACGCGCCCACCGCGCAACAGCAGCAGCAACAACAACAAAGACAGCAACAAUUACCAACACAACAUAAACAUCCGCACACACAUCAUCGGCAGCAGCACAAUCGCUUAAACGGUUAUCCGAUGGCACCGAGCGUUUGUCAAAAUUCACCGAAACUAACAGCAGCCACCGCGCAUAGCGCCGCCAUGACUAGCACAACGAUCAUAGGUGGUGCUGGUGGUGGUGUUGGUGGCGCCGCCACAACCAUCUCUGCGCCAUCAAUCACACAGAAGAGCAAUUAUGGUGGCAGUAGCAUUAACGGCUCCAUGGCUUCAUAUAAGAUGUCAAGUUCGGAGAAUAGCUGGUCGCAGCCUGUCUUCAAUAAGGAGAACCAACGUCCACCAGUUUAUAAUCCAGAGGAUUAUGUGCAAUCAUUGAAAAAGUUUGGUAAGCGGCAGAGUGGUCAACAGGUGCGUUCUAUAUAUGACAACAACAAUGAGAGUACAUCCAAAGCAGAAAGCAAUCACAAAUCAACGACUUUACCACAUAAACAUGCGGAAUACAAAAGUCCCAUACCGGCAGCGCCUGAAAGUGAUGGCGAGAUGUCCCUGCGACAGUUUGCCUCGGUAACUGAUUUAUUAACAAAACUGCGCGCGGAUUUACGCGUGUCUUUUCCAAGCUUUGUGCAGGAAUUUGUGGCGACGCCUUCCGACGGCAUAAGUCUACUACUCGAAGUGCUCCGCGCCAUACAACUCUCGCAAUCGAGCAAUGCCACCGUGCCACCGAAUCAAAUGACCGCAUCGAUGCCACGCAAUCCGCAAUCGUAUCAACGGCGCGCUUUACUCGACGAACUGGCGUGUCUGCAAUGUCUCAGCAUUUGCUGCUCCCGUUCGUUGGAUGCGACCGCGCGUUUGGGCACAACGCCUGUGGGCUUGAUGCCGUUAGCCUCCUCGGCGACUGGUCAGGGUAUACGUGCGCGCAUUUUGGCCAUGCAAUUAAUGUCUGCCGCCUGCGAUAAAACGGCAUUGGGUCAUGGUUCACAAAAAUCAGUCACAGCCGGUCACACGGCCGUCUCGGAAGCUAUGUCGACGCUGCGUUUGCGUUGCAGUGAGCCGGUACGUUUUCGCCUGCUCGUUGGCAUGCUGAAUAGUGGCGGUGGUUCGGGUGAACUACAGGCGGUGGGAGUGAAAUUUAUUAAUUCCUUUUUGGAGAGCUCUGAAAAUCUACAGCAACGUUUAUAUCUACAAGCAGAACUAUUUCAGGCCGGUUUUGAGCCAGAUUCUUUAGCAAAGACUAUAUCACCCGCCUCAUCUUGGGUGGAAAAUUUGCGUAAUGAAAUCAAACGCUUUAACGAGCUGUAUGUAGAUGUUGACAAAAUGAUCACACAGGCGCGUGAAGCUGACCGCGUGCGCAGUCAAAUGGUGAUACUGGAGCGACGAGUACAGAUUCUACACGAGGAAAAGACAGUGCUAACAUCAAUGGAACGCCGUUUGCAGGAGCGUUGUGCCGAGUUACAGCGCGAAAUCUUCCGUCUGCAGGGUGCACAGAAUGAGAACACCUUCAAGUCGCUGGACAAACAACCAGUCGCCUUGCCACGUCACGUGCCGCCCGGCAAAAACGAGAGCGAACAUGAGGAUGAGGGUAUCAGCAGUUCGGAGACGGGACCCUCACUUAGUCCAGUACCCAUAUUGAUUUUGCCACAGAAAUCUAGCGCUUCCAUGGCGGCGAAACAGCUACACAAGAGCAAAUCCAAAUCACCGGAUAAUUCAAUGGGUGACAGUGGUGCUGCCACCGGUACAGCAACCACCAUUGAGGACGUCAUGCAAGAGUUGGAUCAUGUUGUUAGUGAAGCAGAGAAACAGAUAACAACACAACAACUACAGCAGCAACAACAACUCAAGCAGCAGUUCAGUCAAUCAAGAAUUGCGAAGGAAAAGGACAUCGUGCCGGUUAAUAUAGUGCCACAGCCACCGCGCAAAUCGCGUUCACUCGCCCAUCUCGUCUCUCAAGCAGACGGUUCCGAAUUGGAUGGCUCCGAGUAUGGCAUGUUAAUGCUACAGAAUCACGGUGAUCCCGGUGCCGCUGAGCGCGUUACAGCAUUGCAAACAUUUUUCGAUGAAACCGACUAUGAUAUGCCCGAAAUCGAGAAGCCAUACAGCAUCGAAUCACCGGACAUACCGGAAGUGAGCGCAAACACCACCGCCUAUAAUGCGAGUACCACGCGUGAGCUGCUCGAUGUUAUAAUGGAUGCGCGCCACAGCGACGACGAUCCAACAAUGAAAGCCUUCCGCGAGGCCAGCAACCAACACCAACAUCCACAUCCACAUCCACAUCAGCACCAGCACCCGCACCAGCAUCACCGUCACAACAAUAAUGGUGCUGGCAAUGCCACCAACUGCGUCAGCAAACGGCAAAGCAUGUCAGCAGCGGCGCCACCACCACCGCCACCACUGCUAGCGAAGAAACCGCAAGCGCCGGCGCAACAUUUUAACGGUGUCUUCUUUAUGACCGGCAUGAAUACGCCACAGAAGUACCCCAAACCCGAUGUGACCGCCGCACUGCAAGCGCGACGCGUCACCAAGAAUGUUGAGCGCCUCGAGGCGGCAUUCGCUACAACCAGCCAUGAAUCGCUGUUGGAUGGCAGCGGCGCGUCACCGCCAGCAGUUCAUCAGGUGGUACGUGAAAAAUCGCGCAGCAAUCAACAGAUCUAUUUCGGCAGUAAUCCAGCGCUGCGUUUAAGCAGCGGCAGCAGUGCUGGUGGCGGCGGCGCUAACGGCAAUAAUGUGACGGUGUUGAUACAGCAUAGCAACGCGGCGCAGCCCACACUGCAGCCAGUUGGCAGUGCGACAGCGUUGCGCACGCGCUCUUGCACGCAGGGCUCCAAGUUGACCGAUACGCCUUCAGGGCUGUACUGAGUGCGGUGAAAGGUGUGUAAAAUGUUGGUUUAAAUCAACUGUAGGCAUUUACUAGUGUAUUGUGUUGAUUAAGAGUCAUUGAAGGCGUAGCGCGCUUACUGCGUUCGCAUUAACAGAUUUGUAGUUAGUAGUUUGUAUAUAAAUCGUUUGUAAUUUAACAGUGUUAAAAGUAGUUUUAAAAUGUUAUUUUAUGCAUUAAAAAAUUUGUUUAAACAAAAUAUUAAAACAAAAAAUAAUAAUAGUUUAUUUAAAUUAAACUAAAAAAAUUUUAAAAAAUUAUAUACAAUUGUAUUUAAUAUGCUGUUAAAUUAAGUGCAUAGUAGGUUGUAUAAGAUUAGUUUUAG